AACUGCGUGCACUGGCGGCUGGGGGCAGUCUAUCUGGAGUGCCCGCCCAGCGAGCAGAGGACUCCGCCCCUGCCUGUCCCUCCGGUCGGGAUACAGCUGCUUCCGGGCUCUGCGGCUCCGGGCGGCUGGGUGAGGCCUCCUGACCCUGCAGGAGCCUCAGUGAGCAGCGCCCAGAAGUGGGCAUCUCCAGGCAGGCCCGCACUUUGCUCCACUGCCAUAAUCUUCGAGGACGUCUCCGGCCAGACUUGGCCGAAGCGUAUCUCCGCCUGCCCGGGGCUUUGGGGCCACUUUGUAGGAUCCACAGCUUUCUAAUUCAAAGGACCGACGCAAUUGGCUGGAGUUUGCUGGACAUCAGCGCCCCGCCCUCCAAACCAAUAGAAGACCUACAAUUCCUGAGCUUCCCGAGGACAGCAGUUCAGAACCCCCAGAUCCAGAGCAUCAGGGGCUGGGCCUACCUUCCUUGCUUGCUUCUUUCCUUGGAUAGAGCACCACGACCCCAGUUUCUGGGGCGCCUUGAGGAGUGGCAUUGGUGAGUGAAACUUGGGGUGCUACUUGCUGGGAAGAAAUCCUGAAACACAGGAAGGACACUGGGUUGACCUAGGUCAUGUGAGAUCCUAAGACUCUUGAAGUCUUGUGUGUGAGUUUGUGUUGUUGAAAGAAUUUGGAUGUGCCUGUCUUUACCCCUAAACAAAAGGAAGCAAGUUGCCUGCCACACUUGAGGCUGCAUGACCACCCAGGGAGGUAGGAAGACUCUUCUGAAUUCAGAGUAGAAUUCACCAAGUAAAUACCUGUUGUGAUCCUGAAGAGACUACAACUCUAAAGAAAACCUCAGCCCCGACCCCCAGUCCUGAAAGUAUUAGUAGUGUCAAGAAACAGCCCCAGUCCAGAAUUUGGGGGUCCAUUAAGUACUCCAGCCAUGUUCCUGCGACGGCUCGGUGGCUGGCUUCCUCGCCCCUGGGGUCGCAGGAAACCAGCAAGGCCUGAUGUGCCCACCCUAGAACCCAGACAAGUGGACAGCUCCUCAGAGAAUUCAGGGAGUGACUGGGACAGUGCCCCAGAAACCAUGGGAGAUGUGGCACCUCCCAAAACAAAGGAUUUAGAGGGACAAAGGAACACUGGGGGUGCUUCAGAACUAAGCAAGGAAUCUCGAGUUGAACAAUUGGGGAGCAAAAGAAUGGAUCCCCUCAAGUGGGCCAAGGCUGCCUCUAGCACUCAAGAGUCUGGGAGACUGGAAGCUAAAGGAUGUAAUCCUGUAGAUUCAGGUGACACCAGACCUAGGGUGUCCCCUAAAGAGGGACUCAGUUCUUCUGGACCUGAAGCUCCACUGGAGAAGUCCAGCCGGCGUCAGAAGCUGCUAGGCUGGCUGCGGGGGGAAGCUGGUGGUGGAGCAGGAGCCCCCUCACAGUACCUGAGGAGUCCAGAGGAGUGUCUGCAAAUCUCCACCAAUCUGACCCUGCACCUGCUGGAGCUGCUGGCCUCAGCCCUACUAGGGCUGUGUUCUCGGCCGUUGAGAGUCGUCUUGGAUGCAUUGGGUCUGCGUGGACCACUGGGUCUCUGGCUACAUGGGCUGUUAUCCUUCCUGGCUACCCUGCAUGGGCUCCAUGUUGUGCUGAGUCUACUUACUGCUCACCCUCUGCACUUUGCCUGCCUCUUUGGUCUCCUACAGGCCAUGGUGCUGGCUGUCAGCCUCCAGGCACCCAGUGAAGAUGAAGAGGCCACUGAGUGGGAGCAUGAGAGAUUGGGAAAAGAGAGUGAGAAACAGAGGGGAGACCCUGAAAAGGGACUGUGACCUUGGAAUGGGGUAUGACCUACUGUCCCAUCCUCAGUGGUGUAGACUAUGGUGAAGACUAUGACCUUUGGGGGCUAGGGGCAUGAUCCAGAUUAUAAGCACAGGGACCUCAGGGAUGGGGAAGAAACCUCAGUAUGAAGGCACAGGGACUCCAACACACAAAGAAUGUUUUGGUGUCUGUUUAUGGACACUUGGGCAUUGCCCUUGAACUCACCAGCUGUUUUCACAUAUCUAUCACCUCUAGUUUUUUUUCACCUCCACUUUUUAAAAUAAUAAUAAUAAUAAAUUGUAGUGGUGGAAAAUAAAGACAAAAGGAUCCUCUCUACCUUUUCAAACUCUCCAGAGUAGAGGCCAGAGGCAGAACAGACCUCUGGAUGGGUGAGAGGGGGAGUGGGAAUAUAAUGUAUCCCUUUGAUCCUGGAAUUUUAGCCAUCUAGGGGGGUGGGGACUGCAUAGUGGGCUGAUUAGGAGGUCUGAAUGGGCUCAUAGGUGACAGAGGAUCUGUAGAGAGGAUCUUGGUGUUCCAUGGAGCCAGAGGAAGUGCGAAUUGUCCAGGCAGUAUUGGCAAAAGGACCAGCUUAGAGGGGCUGGCAGCUCAGACACACAGUGUGAGGGAAGCACUGGGACUUUCAAUCCCCAUUUGGGGUUAGGGAUUUGCUUGCUCAGCAAUAAAUAACUGUAUCACAACAAACCCUAAAUAUACCACUAUAAAGUGAGAGUUACUGUCAA